AACUCAGAGAGAUACAGCCAGAGAGAGAGAGGGAGAGAGAGAGAUUUUUCUUGUUAUAUAGAGUAACACAGAGAGAGAGAGAGAGAGAGAGAGAGAGAGGGAGGGAGAGGGAGGGAGGGAGACAGGGGGAGAGAGAGAGAGAGAGAGAGCGAGAGAGAUGGCAGGGGGGUCAUUUGGUCCGGCCGGGGUGGCGAAAGAGAGAGCUGAUCAGUACCAGGGGAAAGUGACCUCAUAUGUGAUCAUUUCUUGCAUUGUUGCUGCUGUUGGUGGUUCUAUCUUUGGCUAUGACAUUGGUAUUUCAGGUGGAGUUACAUCGAUGGAUGAAUUUCUUGAGAAAUUCUUCAAGACAGUAUACAGAAAGAAGCAACAUGCUCAUGAAAGUAACUACUGCAAGUACAACAAUCAAGGGCUUGCAGCAUUUACUUCAUCUUUAUAUCUUUCUGGUCUGGUUGCGACUUUGGUGGCAUCCCCAAUCACAAGGAGGUAUGGACGUCGAAUAAGUAUAAUCAUUGGUGGACUCAGCUUUCUCAUUGGAGCAGCUCUUAAUGCAUCUGCAAUCAACAUAGGAAUGCUUCUUCUGGGCCGUAUAAUGCUUGGUGUUGGCAUCGGGUUUGGAAAUCAGGCUGUUCCACUCUAUCUGUCAGAGAUGGCACCGACUCAUCUGAGAGGAGGCUUAAACAUGAUGUUCCAGUUAGCAACGACUAUGGGAAUAUUUACAGCAAAUAUGGUCAACUAUGGUACAUCUAAACUCCAUCCAUGGGGAUGGAGACUCUCACUUGGACUGGCUGCGGCACCAGCUCUCUUAAUGACCGUGGGGGGAAUACUACUUCCAGAGACGCCAAACAGCUUAAUUGAACAAGGCAGGAAAGAAAAGGGAAGACAAGUUCUCGAAAGAAUCAGAGGAACAAAGAAUGUGGAUGCAGAGUUUGAUGACAUGAUAGAUGCAAGUGAGCUGGCAAACUCAAUCAAACAUCCAUUCAGAAACAUCCUACAGAGGCGAAACAGACCACAACUGAUCAUGGCAAUCUUCAUGCCAACGUUCCAGAUCCUAACAGGAAUCAAUUCAAUUCUCUUCUACGCACCAGUGCUCUUUCAGAGCAUGGGGUUCAAAGGAAAUGCUUCUCUCAUUUCGUCAGCCUUAACCGGAGCAGUUCUUUGUUCCUCCACAGUUGUGUCAAUAGCCUUGGUGGACAAAUGGGGUCGAAGGCCUUUACUGAUAUUAGGGGGUAUUCUGAUGAUUGUCUGCCAGAUUAUUGUUGCAACAAUUCUGGGACUCAAAUUUGGUGGCGACAAAGAACUGACAAAAGGCUACUCAAUAGUGGUGGUGACUUUCAUCUGCCUGUUUGUUGCAGCAUUCGGAAUAUCAUGGGGUCCUCUUGGAUGGACAGUGCCAAGUGAAAUAUUCCCCUUAGAAACUCGGUCAGCAGGACAAAGCAUCACAGUGGCAGUGAACCUCUUCUUCACAUUCGUCAUAGCGCAGUCUUUCCUUUCCCUCCUAUGUGCUCUAAAGUUCGGUUUUUUCCUUUUCUUUGCUGGCUGUGUGACGAUCAUGACAAUCUUCGUCUACAUUUUCCUUCCGGAGACAAAAGGAGUUCCUAUCGAAGAAAUGAUACUAAUGUGGCAGAAACACUGGUUCUGGAAAAAGAUUGUGUCUGAGCAUUCUAGUGACAGUAUUGUGAAGCCUGAGAAUUCAUUCCAGGCUUAGAGCAGCAGCUCUGUUAGCAUAAAAUUUGAAAGCAUUGUGAAAGAAUGUAUGAUUUGUAUUGUUCAGCAUUGAUUGGGGGAGGAGGAUAUGAAUCUUGUAAAGUUAAUACAUGCUUAAAUGGAUAACUUUUACUACUUCCUUAAAA